AAGAUGACUUAUUUUCAGGAUGCACUAUCGCAAGUUCUGUUCAAUAUCCACCGUCUAAUUAUGAGCCUAUGCUACAAGUGAAAUCUUGGUCUGGUAAAAGGAUUGACUUGGAUAUUAACAAUCACUCAUUUUACUUAUUUAUUACCGUACAAUAUUCGAUUAACUCCAAUAACAAGAAUCUGUUAUCGCAAAUUUUGGCUGGGGCUUGA